GGUUACAAUUAUGCUGUCGCGCCCAUCUGGAACUGUUGCGAAAACUGAAUUUCAAUUGAGAAGAAAUGUUCUGCCUGCCUUGAAGCGCUUCGUCUCGGCUGCAGCCAAAUCUGCUGGAGUUCAAGAGAAGACAACUGUCUUGGAAAAUGGUCUCCGCGUAUCAAGCGUUGAACUAAACGGAGCCACUUCUUCAAUUGUUUUGGCAUUCCGCGCCGGAAGCCGUUACCAACCAGCCAACAAGCAAGGACUUACCCACCUUAUCCGUAACAGUGUUGGCCGCGAUGCUCCAAACUUCCCAGGGUUGGCGCUUGUCUGGAAUACAGCUCAGAAUGGAGGAAACUUGACCGCAGUCUCCAACCGUGAUGUGCUCGCUAUUGAAGUCAACGUCGUUCGUGACCAAUCCGCAGUGGUCCUCUCACUUCUCGGACAGCUCGGAAAUAAUGCUUUCAAGCCAUGGGAUGUUGAAGAUGUUAAGCACGACACUCUUCCAGCUGACGCCACAUACCUCACCGGAACCACCAUCGCUUUCGAGCAACUUCACCAGGCUGCCUUCAGAAAUGGAGGACUCGGACUUUCGAACUACAGCGUCAACAACGUCUCUGCCAAGGACUUGUCUGCUUUUGCUAAGGAACGACUCGUUGCCGGUGAAGCUGUUCUGGUCGGUGUCAACGUCGAUCAUGACACUCUGGUCCAGGCCGGAAGCACACAAUUCCCACUGGCCCAGAACCAGCCCGCCAAGGCUACCCCAGCUAAAUAUUUUGGAGGAGAAGCCCGCAAGGAUGGUCGUGGAAAUCGCUCAUACGUUGCCAUUGCCGGAGAAGGAUCCGCCAUCACAUCUGUCAAGGAUGUUGCUGUCCAAGCCGUAGUCGCCCAGAUUCUUCUGAACGCCGCUCAAAAAGUCACAUCAGAGGCUAUUUCCGUAAAUGUCAACUACCAGGAUUCCGGACUCGUCGGAGUUCAAUUCGCUGCCUGCAACACACAGAUUACUCAAGUCACCAAGUCUAUUGCCUCUGCCAUCAAGUCUGCAAAAGCCGAUGGUCUUGACAACGCCAAGAACACGGCGGCCGUUCAAGUUCUUUCCGACGCUCAACACGCAUCUGAAGUCGCAUUGGAGAAGGCAACUCAAGUGCUUGCCGGAGUAGAGGUGUCUCCACGCGAAUUCGCCGACGCUAUCCGCGCAGUCACUGCCCAAGACGUCACCCAGGCCUUGUCCCGUGUCAAUGGAAAACUCUCGUUGGCUGCAUAUGGAAGCACAUCACUCGUCCCAUAUCUCGACGAGCUAUAAAUUGUUACAAGUUUUUUUAAAGUUAAACAAAACUCAUAAGGUCUAUGGCAGAUCGAAUUUUUGAAAAUUUAAAUUUCCAAUUUCUUAUUUGUGUAAGUUGUUUGCUGUAGAAGCUGUUCAGAUAAAGGUUCUGAAUAAAGGAAAAAC